AAAUAUUAUUCCCGCAUGGAAACAAGAAGUGUCAGAAGACAAACACCUAAAGCCAUGGAAUUGUAUGAACAAUGUAGUAAAGAACUGUUUGGCAAAUAUAACAGAUCUGUAAGAGCUUUAGAAGAAUAUAUCUCAGGAAAUAGUGGCCUGUCCAUUAACAGUACAAUUUCUGUACUAAAUAAGUGUAAAGAACAAUGUAAAGGGUUACAUCAAGGUGUACAAACUGCAUACGCCGUCUACAUGAAAUAUUUAGAAGGAAUGAAGAUAGAAGAGAGUGAAAGAGAAAUUACAAGAUUGGACAAUUCUUUUGUUGAUGUCGAACAGAGGGUCCAUGAGUAUUUGGGAACAAUAAAGAAAAUCAAAUCAGAAAAGAUUGACACUAUGUCACAGUGUCCCAGUGAUUCUUCAACUCAUAGUUUAGUGGCUCAGAAAACUGCCCAAGCAAAGGCAGCUAAGGUGCAUGUUGAAUUUGCUGAAAAAGAGAUAGAAUUAAAGAAAAAACAAGCAAACAUUGAUGCCGAUUUGGAACUUUUAAAACUGAAACGAGAAGCAGCGGCACUCGCCACAGAGGCAAGUGAACUAACCAAUCUGAUGUUUGGUUCUCAGCAGGGUUCAGUUACGGAUUUUCAAAUCAAUGAAGAAGAUCCUACUUCUAAAGUUCGUAACUAUCUCAACAGUCAAAUGGGUGAUAACAUUCUCCAUACGUCCAAGAAAGAAACACCGAACACUGAAUCUAACGCCACAGCACAGUUUCUCUUAAGGAAGGAUCUGAUCUUGUCGAGGUUGACCACUUUCAACGACUCCUGUGAGAACUACCAAGCCUGGAAAGCAAGUUUUCAGUCAGUCAGCAAUGAGAUGGCUGUUAAUAGCAGGGAGGAGGUUGAUUUGUUAAUAAAAUACUUAGGUUCUGUUUCCAAGAAACAUGCAAUAAGCCUUAGAACAGCGUACCUGCACGAUUCAGAUGAGGCAUUAAGUCAAAUCUGGCUACGAUUAGACGAAAGAUUCGGAGCUCCUGAAAGUUUGCUUAAUUCCCUGACAAAUAGACUGCACUCUUUUCCAAGUUUAACAAAUAAAGAAAGAGCCAAGUUGUAUGACUUAUCAGACCUCUUACAAGAGAUCGAAGGACUUAUGUCAAACCCAAAGUACGACAAGACCCUGUCUUACUUUGAUUCUUCAAUUGGAGUCAACCCUGUGGUGAACAAACUUCCUCACAGCUUACAGCAAAAAUGGAUCACUCACGCAUCAACAUAUAAAGAAAACCAUUCUGUACCAUUCCCGCCAUUUCACUUUUUCGUGAGCUUUGUGAAAAAGUUCAGUGUUAUAUACAAUGACCCGAGUUUCAUCUACGAAACCCAGAAGACGAAGGAACCAAGUCAACAUAGGACUCGUGAUAUCCUGUAUCAGAGAGCAACAACCAAUGGUCGCGUAGCAGCCGCUAAAACAGGAAUUCAGGAUGAUAGUGAAUCUAGUGUGUCGCGUGAUAAGUGUUUAAUGCAUAAUGGUGCUCCGCAUUCUCUUGCAGAUUGCAAAAAAAUUCAAGUGUAUGUCUGAAGAAGAAA